ACUUGAAAUCCCAGCAAGCUCGGCGGCAAUUUGGCUCCGCCUCUCCUCAGCUCAACUCGCGAGCCCCGCCCCAGUCCGCCCCGCCCCGCGCCGGGGCCGGAGCCGCAGCCCGAGCGGCGGGGUGACCAUGGAGGAGGAAGAUGAGUCUCGAGGUAAAACCGAGGAGUCGGGAGAGGAUCGAGGAGACGGUCCACCUGACAGAGAUUCUGCCCUUUCUCCUUCUGCUUUUAUCUUGCGGGCCAUUCAGCAGGCUGUGGGGAGCUCCCUGCAGGGGGACCUGCCUAAUGAAAAAGAUGGCUCUCGGUGUCGUGGCCUUCGAUGGAGGCGCUGCUGCCGGAGUCCACGAUCAGAGCCUCGUUCCCAGGAGUCAGGGGGUGCUGACACCGCUGCUGUAUUGGAUACAGCUGCAGACAGCUUUCUUGUGGGGCUGGUGAACAUCCUGGAUCCCCCAGAUACCUGGGUCCCCAGCCGCCUGGACCUGAGACCUGGCGAAAGUGAGGACAUGCUUGAGCUGGUGGCUGAGGUCCGCAUCGGUGACAGGGACCCCAUGCCUCUACCUGUGCCCAGCCUUCUGCCUCGUCUCAGGGCCUGGAGGACAGGAAAAACGGUUUCUCCACAGUCUCAUGCUUCUCGACCUGCCUGUGCCCGGCACCUCCUCACUUUGGGCACAGGGGAUGGAGGGCCUGCCCCUCCACCUGCUCCCUCCUCCGCCUCAUCCUCACCUUCCCCUUCCCCAUCCUCCUCUUCCCCUUCUCCCCCUCCCCCUCCCCCUCCUCCUCCCCCCCCUCCAGCUCUACCUGCCCCACGAUUCGACAUCUAUGACCCCUUCCACCCCACCGACGAGGCCUACUCCCCGCCGCCAGCCCCGGAGCAAAAAUAUGACCCCUUCGAGCCCACAGGCUCCAACCCUAGCUCAUCAGCGGGGAGCCCCUCACCAGAGGAGGAGGAAGAGGAGGAGGAGGAAGAAGAGGGCCUGUCACAGAGCAUCAGCCGCAUCUCAGAGACCCUGGCGGGCAUCUACGAUGACAACAGCUUGAGCCAGGACUUCCCAGGUGACGACAGCCCCCGCCCGGAGCCCCCACCUCCGCAGAUGCUGGGAGCCCCAGGGACGCCACCGCAGGCUGACUCCACACGGGCGGAAGGGGCUCCGCGCCGCAGGGUCUUCGUGGUGGGACCUGAGGUUGAGGCCUGUCUUGAGGGCAAGGUGUCUGUGGAAGUAGUGACAGCUGGUGGACCGGUGCUGCCACUGCCGCCACUACCCCCCACUGAUCCCGAGAUCGAGGAGGGCGAGAUUGUGCAGCCCGAGGAGGAGCCCAGGGUCGCAGUGUCACUGUUCCGGGCUGGGCGCCCUCGUCAGCCUCCCGCUUCAGUAGCCACUCUUGCUUCAGUGGCCACUCCUGCUGCGCCCCCAGCCUCUGCUCCACGUCCCCCUGAGGGUGACGACUUCCUGUCCCUGCAUGCCGACUCUGAUGGUGAGGGCGCACUGCAGGUGGACCUGGGUGAGCCACCCGCAGCUCCAGCCACAGAUGCGCGCUGGGGCGGCCUGGACCUGCGCCGCAAAAUCCUAACGCAGCGAAGGGAGCGUUACCGCCAGCGCUCGGCCUCGCCGGGCCCACCGCCUGCACGCAAGAAGGCGCGACGAGAGCGGCAGCGCAGUGGGGACCCGGCGCCACCCGACUCGCCAGCCUGGGAUACCAAGAAGCAUCGCUCCCGGGAGCGCAAGCUCAGUUCCCACACUGCUGCCCGCCGCCGCUCCCGUUCCCGCUCCCGCCGCCGCUCUCGCUCCCGCAGCGCUGAUCGCAGACGUGGCGGCCACCGCUCCCGCUCCCGCGAGAAGCGCAGGCGCCGAAGGCGCUCAGCCUCACCGCCCCCAGCGGCUUCGUCCUCCUCCUCCUCGCGGCGUGAGCGGCACCGCGGCAAGCGCCGGGAGGGGGGCAAGAAGAAGAAGAAGCGAUCGCGCUCGCGGGCCGAGAAGCGCUCUGGGGACUUGGAGAAGCUGCCCGCACCUGUGCCUCCCUCAGGCUCUGACCGUGACAGCCGGCGCCGCGGGGCUGUGCCACCCUCUAUCCAGGACCUCACGGACCACGACCUGUUCGCCAUCAAACGGACCAUCACGGUGGGCCGCCCGGACAAGGCAGAGCCCCGCGCACCUUCGCCAGCACCUGCUGUGUCCCCAAAGCGGGAGGUCCUGUAUGACUCUGAGGGUCUGAGUGCCGAUGAGCGGGGUGGCAAGAGUGACAAGGACCGGAGACGUUCAGGCGCUGCAUCCUCAUCCUCGUCCUCAAGGGAGAAAGGGUCUCGACGGAAGACCAUUGAUGGGGGGGACCGGGGCCGAGACAGGGACAGGUCAUCCAAGAAGACGCGGCCACCUAAGGACUCGGCGCCUGGCUCCGGGCCACUGCCCAAGGCCCCACUAAGCAGCGGCUCCUCCUCCUCCUCCUCCUCCUGCUCCUCCCGCAAGGUGAAACUGCAGUCCAAGGUGGCCGUGCUCAUCCGAGAGGGCGUCAGCAGCACUACCCCUGCCAAGGAUUCCUCAUCUUCAGGCCUGGGCUCCAUCGGAGUCAAGUUCAGCCGAGACCGUGAGAGCCGCUCCCCAUUUCUCAAGCCAGAUGAACGGGCUCCUGCAGAGGUGGCCAAGGUAGCCCCGGGUAGCACCAAGCCCAAAAAGACUAAGGCCAAGACCAAGGCCGGGGCCAAGAAAGCUAAGGGGACCAAGGGAAAGACCAAGCCGUCAAAGACCAGGAAGAAGGUUCGCAGCGGAGGCAGUAGCACGACCAGCGGUGGGCCCGGUUCACUGAAGAAGUCCAAGGCCGACAGCUGCAGCCAGGCAGCCAGCACCAAGGGGACAGAGGAAACAUCAUGGUCGGGGGAGGAGCGGACCACCAAGGCCCCCAGUACCCCACCACCUAAGAUAGCCCCACCUCCACCCGCCCUCACCCCGGACUCCCAGACUGUGGACAGCAGCUGCAAGACCCCUGAAGUCUCCUUCCUACCGGAGGAAGCCAGUGAGGACACUGGGGUCCGAGUAGGGGCAGAGGAGGAAGAAGAGGAGGAGGAGGAGGAAGAGGAGGAGGAGCAGCAGCCUGCCACUACCACAGCCACCAGCACGGCCGCAGCUGCCCCGAGUACUGCUCCCAGUGCGGGGUCUACAGCAGGAGACUCUGGUGCCGAGGAUGGACCAGCCGCUAGGGUCUCCCAGCUGCCCACGCUGCCCCCGCCCAUGCCCUGGAACCUGCCUGCUGGUGUGGACUGCACCACCAGUGGUGUCCUGGCCUUGACUGCACUGCUGUUCAAGAUGGAAGAAGCCAACUUGGCCAGCCGAGCAAAGGCCCAGGAGCUGAUCCAGGCCACCAACCAGAUCCUCAGCCAUCGGAAGCCACCCUCCACUCUGGGGGUGACCCCAGCUCCUGUACCCACUUCUUUGGGCCUGCCCCCAGGCCCUUCCAGCUACCUGCUUCCUGGCAGCCUCCCCAUAGGGGGCUGUGGCUCUACCCCUCCUACCCCCACUGGGCUGGCCCCUGCGUCUGACAAGAGAGAGGGCAGCAGCAGCUCAGAGGGACGUGGGGACACCGACAAGUAUCUGAAGAAGCUGCACACACAGGAGCGGGCAGUGGAAGAGGUGAAGCUGGCCAUCAAACCGUACUACCAGAAGAAAGACAUCACCAAGGAGGAGUAUAAGGACAUCCUGAGGAAGGCUGUCCACAAGAUCUGCCACAGCAAAAGCGGGGAGAUCAAUCCUGUCAAGGUGAGCAACCUGGUGAGGGCCUACGUCCAGCGCUACCGCUACUUCCGCAAGCACGGUCGCAAGCCGGGUGACCCCCCAGGACCCCCUCGGCCACCCAAGGAACCAGGGCCUCCAGACAAGGGUGGCCCAGGCCUGCCCCUGCCCCCUCUCUGAGACUUCAUACCCUGUUCCUAUGCCUCUGAGAUUCUGGACAUAUUUAUGGCUCCACUUCCCCACUAUACCCCCACAGUGGGAUGUUGGGGUCGCUGUGAGGAAGAGGAGAGCCGCCCCCCCCACCCCGCCCUGCCCCUGCCCGUUACCCUGGCCCCUUAGCCUACCCCCACGGCCUCAGCCCUUCUGUUAUGCCCCCUCCAAUUUCAUUAAAGAUUCCAUGAACUAUA